AUGGCGCUGAAGAAAGACAGGAAGCCUAAGAAGUCAACCUGGAAGUUUAAUUUGGACCUUACUCAUCCAGAACAGUUUCUACGGGAGAAGGUUAAAGUGAAUGGAAAAACUGGAAAUCUUGGGAAUGUCGUUCACAUUGAACGCUUCAAGAAUAAAAUCACAGUUGUUUCUGAGAAACAGUUCUCUAAAAGGUAUUUGAAAUACCUUACCAAGAAAUACCUUAAAAAGAACAAUCUUCGUGAUUGGCUUCGUGUGGUUGCAUCUGACAAGGAGACUUAUGAACUUCGUUACUUCCAGAUUAGUCAAGAUGAAGAUGGAUCCGAGUCUGAGGACUAG